CCAGGAGAGGGUGUCACCUGCGCCCGACGGCUUGUUGAUUCCCAGGAGCGCCGCCUUCCCGGGUCUGGGCCCCCAAGACCAGAGCCGGAUCUCGCUCACCUGUUCCCCUGGCGCUGUUCCCGGACAGCCCUGAGAUCCUCCGGGGACCGCUCGCCCCUCAACUCCACACCAUGAGCAAGUUGGGCAAGUUCUUUAAAGGGGGAGGCUCUUCCAAGAGCCGAGCUGCUCCCAGCCCCCAGGAAGCCCUGGCCCGACUUCGGGAGACAGAGGAGAUGCUGGGCAAGAAACAAGAGUACCUGGAAAAUCGAAUCCAGAGAGAGCUCAGCCUGGCCAAGAAGCAUGGCACCCAGAAUAAACGAGCUGCACUGCAGGCCCUAAAGAGAAAGAAGAGGUUUGAGAAGCAGCUCACUCAGAUUGAUGGCACACUUUCCACCAUUGAGUUCCAGAGAGAAGCCUUGGAAAACUCACACACCAACACCGAGGUGUUAAAGAACAUGGGCAUGGCAGCAAAAGCCAUGAAAGCCGUUCAUGAAAACAUGGAUCUGAACAAAAUAGAUGAUUUGAUGCAAGAGAUCACAGAGCAACAGGAUAUUGCCCAAGAAAUCUCAGAAGCGUUUUCUCAGCGGGUUGGAUUUGGCGCUGACUUUGAUGAGGAUGAGUUGAUGGCAGAGCUUGAGGAAUUGGAGCAGGAAGAAUUAAAUAAGAAGAUGACAAAUAUUCGACUUCCAAAUGUGCCUUCCUCCUCCCUUCCAGCCCCACCAGAGAGAGUGCCAGCAUCUUCCAGGAGGGCAGAAGAAGAGGAAGAUGAUAUCAAACAACUGGCAGCUUGGGCUACUUAAAUUAAAACAGAAUUUUUUGACGCCUAACUUAAUGAGCUGUACAUAAGACACAAAAAAUGCUUUGGCUAAAUAUGGAAGUUAACAAAGACCCUGUUUUAUAUUUAUACUGGGUGGAUAAUUGCCUUUUAAGCCUUGUAAGUAAAAGUUUAAAAAGGAGUCCUGUGUAGAUUUAGGCCUAUGGGAUGGAAAGGGACUUCUCUGCAGCAUUUUGGAGGCUCUCUCCAUACUGGUGGGAGGGGGUGUGUUCUACCUUGUUCACUACUGUAUUUCCAGUCCUGGAACAUGGUUGCUACUUUCAAUAAUUUGUUAAAAGACAACUGAAUUCUGGGAGUUCCCAUCAUGAUGCAGCAGAAACGAAUCCGACUAGGAACCAUGAGGUUGCGGGUUCAAUCCCUGGCCUUGCUCAAUGGAUUGAGGAUCCGGCAUUGCCAUGAGCUGUGGUGUAGGUUGCAGAUUCGGCUCAGAUCUGGUGUUGCUGUGGCUGUGGUGUAGGCCAGCAGCUGUAGCUCUGAUUAGACCUGGGAACAUCCGUAUGCUGCGGGUGCGGCCCUAAAUAGCACAAAAGACAAAAAAAAAAAAAAAAAAGAAGAAAGAAAGAAAGAAAACUGAAUUCUAUCGACAUGUAAAACAUUUAACAGUUUAUAAGCCAUAGAAGAGUGAUAUGUUUAGGAUAGCUGAGGAAAAUAAUUUUCCUUCCUUUUCUUUUUUUUUUCUUUCAAGGCUGCACCUGUAGCAUUUGGAAGUUCCCAGGUUAGGAGUAGAAAAGGAGCUGCUACAGCCACAGCAAGGCCAGAUCCAAACCACAUAUGCAACCUACACUGAAUCUUGCGGCAACGCUGCAUCCUUAACCUUCCGAGCGAGUCCAGGAAUCGAACCUGUAUCCUCAUGGAUACUAGUUGGGUUCUUAACCUGCUGAGCCACAACGGGAACUCCUAAUAAUUUUCUUUCCUAUGAGAAUGCAGGUUUGCCAUGUGCAUCCGUAGUUGAAGCUAUGUACUUCAUGGUAGAUGUAAAAGAGACGUAUUUCUUACAGGAGAGACUUCCUGUAGAGAAGUCUUAUGUGAGUCUAUACAUAAAUAGUUUCACUUAAAUUUUGCAGUUUAAAAUCUUAAAGGAGGUUUAAUUGACACUUAUUAUGCCAAUUAAGCUUGGAAUGGGGCAAUGGAUGCAUUUCCCAAAAUGUCUGAAAGCACUAACAGCUUACACUGCUGAGCGAGAACCUCCUGGGUGUAAUUUAGCCACUUAGGGAGCUGCGUUAACAUUCCCAGGCCAUUAUGAUGCUGUUAUGGCUUCAGCGUGCUAAUGUGUGAGUGUUCAUUCUUUUCUGUUUUGUGCCCUCUUGUACAUUUGUUUACCCUUUACAUCAUAUUCCUUGUAAAUACAUAAAAAAUAUAGGCAAUUAAGAGUAUAUCUUGAAUUUUGGCCAUAAUGAUUUUUAAAUGAGAGUAAAUUACAAAAUUAUGUAUUGCCCAUAAUAUGUCAUGGACCAUAAAAUGACAAAUGUCAUUAUAUAAAAUGUUCUCGUAAUUCCCAACAUUUGCUUAGCAACACAGUGUGGUGGAAAGAACACUAAACCUGGGAUUCUUUUUGGUUAUUACGAAAUACAUUCAAUAUAACUUGAGACAAACUUGGAUUUUUGGGAAGUGAUUUGGAUAGUUGCCAUAAUCAAAGAAAAUGCUUAAAGUGCAAUUCAGAGGACGAUUAGAAGCCAGAGGCUCUGGAACCCACAGUAGCCAGAUCUAAGGGACUCCUUCUUCAGAGUAGCCAACCAUAAGAAAAAGUAAGCUAAUACCAUUUUGAACAAGCUUGUUGUUCUGCUCAAGAGUCAAAUUUCAGAGCCAGAAUAUUUGAUUGGCCAAGCUUGGUUCAUGUAACUUACUCUGGAGUAUCCACCUGGACACUCAUGAACUGAGAAGGAGGAAGGCGGUUUGCUAAAGCAUAAUCAAGGAGUUCCUACCUAAAGAAGAGAGAAUGAAUGUUGGCCGCCUAAAACACCACCUCAAACAUGUCUACUCAGCAACUGAGAAUAGUGAAAUCUGAGUCUGAGCACUGAUCUGUUUAAUAGAAACUGGAGUAGCAAAUAGUUUAUGCACCAUGAUGGUAUAUGUCUUACUAAAAAAAACAAAAACAAAAACAAAAGCAGGAUAAUGUGUCAAAGUUAGCGAUCCAAACAAGAAGAAAGAA